CCUUUUUUCUCUAUUUACGCAAAUUUGGGGGUUUGGAUCCGUAAAAGAAAAAAAAAAACUAAACCCGUUAAGAGAGAAAAAGCUCGCAAUAAUUUUCAAAAAAACCCCAGCACGACGCCGUAUUCUGGCCCUCAAUUCCCGCCAUGGCUGCACAGGUGGCGGAGCCACAGCCUUCUGCUUCCCAGCAACUCGCCCUCACCUCGCCCGAACCCGACCCGAACUCCGAACCCCCGCUCCACAGCGCCAAAACCUUGAUUUGUGCCCUCAAUUUUCUCUCCCGCAAUUUGCCUCUGCCCCAACACGUUUACGACGCCGUUUCCUCCAUUUGCCAGGACGCCGAUGUUCAAUUUGAAGCCGAGGGUGACGUCAGCAAUGGGGCGGCUUCACCGCCGCCGCGGACGGGUGAAUUUGGUGUUUCGAGUUACGAUGAGUUAAUGUCGGACUUUGAGGAUGCAGUGUCGAAGCAGAGAUCGAGUUGUUUGCCUGGUUCUAGAUUGACAGACUUAAAGGGGAAUAGGCAUCAGAGCCGACUUCAGCAUCGAUUGACCGAACUUGAGGGGUUGCCCACAAGCGGAGGCGAGGAGCUGCAGUCAAGAUGCUUGCUCGAACUCUAUGGACUUAAGUUAGCUGAGCUCCAGCGCAAAGUGCGCUGUGAAGUGGGUUCUGAAUAUUGGCUUCGUCUGCACUGUGCAAAUCCGGAAAAACAGCUUUUUGAUUGGGGCAUGAUGCGAUUACGUCGCCCUUUAUAUGGUAUUGGAGAUGCUUUUGCCACGGAUGCUGAUGAUCCGCUGAGGAAGAAACGAGAUGCUGAGAGGUUGUCGAGAUUCGAGGAAGAAGAAAAGAACCGUAUAGAAACUAGGAAAAAGAAAUUCUUUAAUGACUUACUUGAUGCUGUACGUGAACUCCAAAUGCAAGGACAAGCUUCCCAGAAACGACGAAAACAGAGAAAUGAUGGUGUUCAGGCUUGGCAUGGAAGGCUGAGGCAACGAGCUACACGAGCUGAAAAAUUAAGGUUCCAAGCUCUUAAAUCCGAUGAUCAAGAAGCAUAUAUGAAAAUGGUUGAGGAGAGCAAGAACGAAAGAUUGACAAUGCUCCUAGGAAAAACUAAUGAUCUCUUAGUUCGGCUGGGAGCUGCUGUACAACGUCAGAAAGAUGCCGGGCAUGACAUCAUCGAACCUGAGCAUGUUCCGGAAUCUGAGUUGCCUGAGUUAACUGAUACACCAGCACAAUCACUUCCAGAAGAAGACGAAAAGGUUAAUGAUGAAUCUGAAGAUAAAGCAAAGACGGGAGAUUUACUAGAAGGACAACGGAAGUAUAAUUCUGCUGUACAUUCUAUCCAGGAGAAGGUGAGCGAGCAACCGAGCAUGCUUCAGGGUGGAGAAUUAAGACAAUACCAAAUAGAGGGGCUUCAAUGGAUGCUGUCACUAUUCAAUAACAACCUAAACGGAAUUUUAGCUGAUGAAAUGGGGUUGGGGAAAACUAUUCAGACCAUCGCUUUGAUUGCUUAUCUCAUAGAAAACAAGGGUGUGACUGGGCCCCACUUGAUUGUCGCCCCAAAAGCAGUCCUGCCAAAUUGGGUUAACGAAUUUAUGACUUGGGCUCCUAGCAUCUCUGCUGUUCUUUAUGAUGGGCGCCUAGAUGAAAGGAAGGCCAUGAAAGAAGAGUACUCUGGCGAAGGAAAGUUCAAUGUUUUAAUUACCCAUUAUGAUCUUAUUAUUAGAGACAAAGCAUUCCUGAGGAAAAUUAACUGGAACUACCUAAUCGUCGAUGAAGGGCAUCGACUAAAAAAUUUCGACUGCGUUCUUGCACGGACUCUCGUUUCAGGUUAUCGCAUUAGGCGGAGGCUUCUUUUGACUGGUACACCUAUCCAGAAUAGCUUACAGGAGCUAUGGUCCCUACUGAAUUUUCUCCUUCCCAACAUAUUCAAUUCGGUUGCAAACUUUGAGGAGUGGUUUAAUGCUCCCUUUGCCGACAAAUGCGAUGUCUCUUUAACAGAUGAAGAACAGCUGCUAGUCAUUCGCCGCUUGCACCAUGUCAUCAGACCGUUUAUAUUAAGGAGGAAGAAGGACGAGGUUGAGAAGUUCCUACCUGGGAAAACACAGGUCAUACUUAAAUGCGACAUGUCUGCAUGGCAGAAAGUUUAUUACCGCCAAGUGACCGAAAUGGGGAGGGUUGGUUUGGCUCACGGUAGUGGCAAAUCCAAAAGCCUCCAGAACCUGACAAUGCAGCUCCGUAAAUGCUGUAACCACCCAUACCUAUUUCUAACUGACUAUUUUACGCAGCGAAACGAGGAUAUAGUGAGGUCAUCGGGAAAAUUUGAACUUCUUGAUCGGUUACUCCCCAAACUUCACAGAGCUGGACAUAGAAUUCUUCUCUUCUCCCAAAUGACCAAACUUAUGACGAUUCUUGGAGAUUAUCUUUCAUUAAAAGGCUAUCAGUUUCUUAGACUCGAUGGCACUACCAGCACUGGUGACAGAGGGGAAUUGCUUAAGCAAUUUAAUGCUCCAGAUUCGCCUUACUUCAUAUUUCUUCUAAGCACUCGCGCAGGAGGACUUGGUCUGAAUCUGCAAACUGCAGACACUGUGAUAAUUUUCGACAGUGAUUGGAACCCUCAGAUGGACCAGCAGGCGGAGGAUCGGGCCCACCGAAUUGGGCAGAAGAAGGAGGUCAGAGUUUUUGUGCUCGUCAGUGUUGGAUCUAUCGAAGAGGUUAUCCUGGAAAGAGCUAAGCAGAAAAUGGGUAUUGAUGCCAAGGUCAUCCAGGCUGGAUUGUUCAAUACUACUUCCACAGCUCAAGACAGAAAGGAAAUGCUGGUUGAAAUCAUGCGUAGAGGAACAAGUGCACUCGGAACAGAUGUACCGAGCGAGAGACAAAUCAACCGUUUGGCAGCUCGAUCGGACGAGGAGUUUUGGAUGUUCGAGAAAAUGGACGAAGAGAGGAGAUUGAGGGAGAAUUACAGAUCCCGUUUAAUGGAAGAACACGAAGUACCAGAAUGGGUUUACGCUGUGUCCGAUAUAAAUGCAGGCAAGAACAAAGGCUCUCUAGACUUUGACACACCUGUCACGGGUAAGAGGCUUAGAAAGGAGGUUGUUAGGGACGACGCGAUUAGUGAUUCGCAGUGGAGGAAGGCUGUAGGGAGUGGAGACGAGGUUUUUUCGAACAGGGGUACAGGUGGCAAGAAGAGGAGAGAGAGUCAGAGUUUGCAGGUGUUGGAUAACGAAACACCCAAGAAGAGUAAUAUUAAUGUUGUUAUCGGUAAUAAUAAUAAUAAUAAUAAUAUUAGUAAUAGUGUUGUUGAGGAGAAGAAAGUGGCGGAUUUGAAGAGUGAAACGGUGUCGGAAGGGAGUGAAGACGAAGUGUACGGUCAGAGCUCUCAACGGAGGGAAGGCGAGAGUUCGAGAAAAGGUGGGGUGGGAUUGGGUAGUGGAUUCAGUGGUUUGACAUGGAAAACACAUAAGAGGAAGAGGUCUAGUUUGACCUGAUUAUUAUUAUUAUUGCAUUAUGGGAAACAAGAAGAAGAAGAAGAAGAAAAAGAUUGUACUUUUAUUUUUAUUUUUUUCUAUUUUUAUUUAUUUUGUGAAGGAAUUAGAACUUUGGAAGAAGUAUAGCUGUAUUAGAUACACUUGGUAAAUGGAAGUUGUUGGCUUUAUUUUUGUUUAGAUUUGAUAUAAAAAUGAUUCAAACUGUCCGGAACCAUCGAAAAUGUCCGGGAUA